UCUCUAAAGACUUUACAUAUCUCAAAAUUCUCAAAUCUUUUACUAAAGCUUUUUCUUCCAUAAACUAAUUAACGUCCAAGGAAAUGGAAAUUAAGCUAGUUGCACUAGUACUAAUUACACUAAGUGUAGCAUCAUGGGAUGCUGCACAGGGAAGAUCUCUUAGAUCUCCUACGGCACCUCUAAAUCGUUAUAGCUUUCCUCCUGAUUUUGAUUUUGGCGUUGCUUCUUCCGCUUAUCAGUAUGAAGGUGCAGUAGAAGAAGGAGGAAGGGCCCCGAGCAUAUGGGAUCGUUUUACACAUGAAUUCCCAGAAAGGACAAGCAUGGACAACGGAGAUGUUGCUGUAGACUUUUACCAUCGUUACAAGGACGACAUCAAAUUAAUGAAGGAAAUGAAUUUGGAUACUUUCAGAUUUUCACUAUCCUGGUCAAGAAUAUUACCAAGUGGAAAACUAAGUGAUGGAGUAAAUAAAGAAGGGGUUCAAUUCUACAAGAAUCUUAUUGAUGAACUUAUCAAGAAUGGUAUUAAACCAUUUAUAACAAUCUAUCACUGGGAUAUACCUCAAGCUCUUGAUGAUGAGUACGGUAGCUUUUUGAGUCCUCGAAUCAUAGAUGAUUUUAGAAACUAUGCCAGAUUCUGUUUCCAAGAAUUUGGAGACAAGGUCAAUCUAUGGACAACGUUCAAUGAGCCAUAUGUUUAUAGCGUUGCGGGUUAUGAUAGGGGAAAUAAAGCAAUCGGUCGAUGUUCAAAAUGGGUAAACAGUUUGUGUGUAGCUGGUGAUUCGGGCACUGAGCCUUAUUUAGUAUCUCACCACCUUCUUCUUGCUCACGCUGCUGCUGCUGAAGAGUUCAGGAAAUGUGACAAGAUUUCAAAAGAUGCCAAGAUAGGCAUAGUGUUGUCUCCUUAUUGGUUCGAGCCAUAUGACAUUAAUUCUAAUGCUGAUAAAGAAGCAGUUGAACGAGCUCUUGUUUUUAAUGUUGGUUGGCAUCUUAACCCUUUAGUCUUUGGAGAUUAUCCCGAAACGAUGAAGACAAACGCUGGAAAGAGAUUACCUUCUUUCACCAAAGAAGAAUCUAUGAUAGUAAAAAAUUCAUUUGAUUUUAUCGGAAUAAACUACUACACAACACGUUUCAUCGCUCAUGAUCUUCACGCGGAUCUUUCACGGCCUCGAUUCACAACCGACCAACACCUGCAAUAUAGAUUGACAAAUCGUAGCGGCGAUUACAUCUCAUCAGAAUCGGAUGGUUCGAAACUUCUUUGGUCAUAUCCAGAAGGCUUACGAAAGAUUCUUAAUUAUAUCAAAGAUAAAUACAAUAAUCCAACUAUUUACAUCACUGAAAACGGUUAUGAUGACUAUGAAGAUGGGAUACUCACACGUGAAGAGAUACUAGAAGAUACACCGAGAAUAAUGUACCUCCAAAAACAUCUUCAACAUCUCCAGAAAGCAAUCACUGAGGAUGGGUGUGACGUAAGAGGCUACUUCACAUGGUCGAUGUUGGAUAAUUUCGAAUGGGAACAUGGAUAUGGAGUGAGAUACGGAUUGUACUACAUCGACUAUUCAGAUGGUUUAAAAAGAAUUGCUAAAAGCUCGGCCAAAUGGUUCAAGCAUUUUCUUCAGAGAUCCGAAAAGCCAAGGCUAAUGGUUCUGUUUGAGAGAGUCAAGAAUUGGUGGUCUGCAUUACAGAUGAUCUAAGCUCGCUUGGUGUGCUAGGAGACUAAUUCUUCUUUUUGAUCAACUUUUUGGGAUAAGAAUGUAUGUGAAUAUUGAUAUGUACCAUAUGUAUUACUUGUAGAAAAGAACAAGUUAUUUCUUUAGUUUUUUUUUUAUAUAUGUAUAUAUAGAAAAUAGCAUGUUAAUAUAGAGAUAAAUUUCAGAAACUA